AUGGGGUGGGGCUCGGACUCCGAACCGUACGUGGGGCGAGAAAGCGAAAGGUUUGCUCGACUGAGAGAGCGAGUGGUUAGCCGGUCCCUUUCAAAAAAAUCCUAUUCCAAACAGGGAUGUCGGUUCGACAUCAUAGACCCCGGAUUCUUUUCUUUUCCGGGCAUGUGUCUUAGCUCAGAGAAACAGGCUUUCUCACCUUUGGAAGCAGCUCGUAGAAUAGAACUGGCAGCUUUCUUGACUGACCCGCUGUCACAUCUCGAAUCGGUACAUCCAUUCUCUUGGAAGACCUUCCUCACAGGACUCUCAGCAUGCUACCAGUCCGAUCUAGCUGCCCGGUAG